UACGGCGUCUGCGUCUUCCGCCACGCCAACCUCGACGACGAGCGACACAUCGCCUUCUCGCGACGUUUCGGCGAGCUGGACGACGUGGCGCCUUACCUGGCGGGGGGCAGGCCUCAUCGACUGAAAUACGUUGAGCUGUUCGACGUCGGGAAUAUCGAUCUCGACGGGACGAUUUUUCCUGAGGGUGAUGUGAGGAGAAAUUGGAAUAAGGGAAACACCCUCUUCCACGUCGACUCCUCCUUCAACCCCCGACGAGCAAGCUACUCUUUACUUCGCGCGGCCGAACUCCCCCCCAAAGGCACAGGCGGUAACACCGAGUACGCCGAUACACGCACAGCGUUCGACGAGCUCCCUCCUGCUCUAAAGCAGGAGCUUCUAGACAAGGACUACAUCGCGGCACACUCACUCUGGCACUCACGCAAGACGGCCGCGCCGGAGUUCUUCAAGGACGUCGAUCCAACGGCUUUCCCGAUGAGUAGGCACAAGCUUGUCCAGCGGCAUGAGCCCUCGGGGCGAAUGAAUCUGUAUAUCGCUGCGCAUGUGCAUCAUAUCGAGGGCUUGGAGCCAGACAAGUCCAAGGCGCUUUUUGAUACCCUCUACACUCAUGCUACACAGCCAAAGUAUGUCCUCAGCGUUGAGUGGGAGAAUGAAGGCGAUUUGAUCCUCUGGGAUAAUACCUGCGUUAUGCAUCGCGCUGCUGGGGGUAGUUUUGAGGGCCGCUACCGUCGCGAUAUGCGCCGUACCACGGUGCAUGAUGCUAGUAGUAUGGCUUGGGGGUUGAAUGAGAAGUCGGAUGUGAGGCAGGGGUUGCCAUAA